AUGUGGCUAUACGACAUGCUGGUAUGGCCGGUAUUAGGUUGUGGAGCUGAGAUAUGGGGAUGGGAAGAAGAAACAGAGAUUGAGAGUUUACAAGAAACGAGGAUUAGAAAUUCAGAUAUUAAUAACAUUCCAAAAUUCGUAAAUGCUCAAGAUUUAACAGAAAUCUUGAUCUUACAUUUUUUUAAUUUUAAGGUAAUGGGUGGUACAAGUACAAUAAAUGGCAUGAUGUAUACUAGAUGUAAUAAAUAUGAUUACGAUAAUUGGGAAAAAAUGGGAAAUCCUGGAUGGAGCUAUGAGGAAGUUUUACCUUAUUUCAUAAAAUCAUUGAACAGAACCCGGGCAGGAAAAAUAAUAGAAAAAGUUUUCAACGAUCUCGGAUAUCCAACCAUAGAUGUUGAUGGCAAAACUCAAAUAGGAAUAACUUAUUCGCAAUUGACUAUGGACAAUGGAGUUCGUCAAAGUAGCAAUACAGCAUUUAUUCGUCUUAUUUGGGGUACAAGGCCAAACUUGGUGGUUAAGAAUAAUAUCUACGUAACUAGAAUUUUAAUAGACCCGGUGACAAAAAGAGCGUUUGGUGUUGAAUGUAAAUCAUCACCCACUCAACCUUCUCAGUAUUUUCAUGCAAAGAAAGAGGUAAUUGUAUCAGCAGGUGCUAUAAACUCACCAAGACUUGUGAUGGUUUCGGGUGUGGGACCAGCUGAGGAACUUGAAAAAAAUGGAAUCGAAGUCAUUCAAAAUUUACCCGUAGGAAAAAAUCUUCAGGAUCAUGUAUCUAUUGAUAAAAUAGUUGGAAUAAGAAAAAAUUUGACCCCGGAUAAAAAUAUUAACGAAUGUAAAGAAAAUUUUGAAAACUUCAAAUAUAAUGCAGAAACGCAACGAGGAAUUUUUUCUGCAGUAACACCAGUGUUUCUUGCUGGUUUUGCUCGCACGCAGUAUGAAAAAAAUACAAAUGUACCAGAUAUAUAUUUCGUUUUGAAUCUCAAUGAUGUAAAUUCUCCUCAAUUCUUUUUUCUUGUAGGAUUACUCAAUCCCAUGAGUAGAGGAUUUAUCAAUCUUAAUACUACAAAUCCAGUCUGGGGUUCACCUCUGAUAUAUACUAGAUAUUUCACAGCAGAUCUGGACCUAGAACGUAUCAUUGAGGGUAUUCGAAUCGUACUUAGGGUAUUCAAUCCCUUAAUUAUGAAAAAAUAUGAAUUCGAACUUGAUGAUACUCCUAUAGCUCCUUGCAAUAACCUAACAUUUAACUCAGAUGAAUAUUGGAUCUGUGCGGUUAGACAGUUUGGUGAUUCACUUUAUCAUCAUGUUGGAACAUGCAAAAUGGGUCCUAAAGAAGAUUCAGAAGCUGUAGUUAAUCCAAGGCUACGAGUUUAUGGGAUUAAUAGAUUAAGAGUUAUAAAUGCGUCUGUCAUUUUAGUUGUUCCGAGAGGAAAUACUAAUAUACCAGUUAUUACAAGGGUGGAUCAAAUAUGA